CAACAGCGGUCGCCGGCGGUCACUGGGCCGAUAGUCGCGCGUGCUGAAAACGUUUAAUUAACAUUAUACUUAAAUAGUCGUUUUACGUACCCGUACUAUAUUUGAACGGUGUUUUCGGCCGAAAACACUGACAAUUCUACGGUUGCAUGAUAUUAUAUUCUGUAAGAGAUAUUAUAGAAGUGGAGUACGGCGCGCUGCGUUUUGUAAUUUUCAUCGAUCUCUGCUGCUUUAGCGGUGAACUAUUGUCAUCGCUCGGUGCAGUGGUCACACUACUGUAGCCGCAGACAUAGGAUAUUUCAUCAGCGGGUAUAGUGCAUCGCGAUUCUUUGGCCGAACGAGGUGUAUACGAAAGUGUACGUCAUCAUCCCAUACCUGCACUAUCACUUUCCAGCAGUUACACAACUAUGCGGGGGUUGUCUUCGGCGAUCGACGAUACUGGCGGUGGCUGUGGCAGUGAUGUUGACCAGUUUCAAGGAGAUGAAGCAGAAGACCAUUUUGAACCAUCACUGUUCGCCGAAUAUUCCCCGCUUCCUCUUCCUGACGAUGUGCACACGGCUUUUUUGGCCGCCAACUUGUUGCUGCUCUAUCUGAACCUGGCUAGGCUGUCGACUAUGCCAAUUGGCGACGCACAUCAGUUACCGGUUACCGUCAACGACCGUGACGACCACGACAACGACUAUAACAAUGGUACGUCAGUGGCAGAGGAGGCAGUGACAGUGAGCGUUACUGCUGCGGUGCAGGCGACGGCGGAACGGCGCUUGAGCGACGAACGGUUGCCCGGGGAACCGGGGCCGUCAACAGACGACGGGCGACCGUGGCCGGCGGACGCUACAACGUCGACGGCGCGGGUACCGCUGCAGCGACACCACCGCCACUAUCGCAGCGACAGUUGCCGGCCACAGGCGCCGUCCACGGAGCUGCAGCAGCGACAGACUUACACCACCAUCCCCGCAUCCGCCAUGAUAACGGUGGCCGCAAGCGGUUCCAGGGCGUUGAGACCCAAACCGCGGCCGGGCGGCUCGUCGUCGACGAUACCGUUCCCGGUGGACGUCGCUGAUAGGCUCCGGUCGCCGACGUCUUCGACUGCCAGACCUAGACAGUACGGCCGCAAAAGGAGCAUUCAAGACGCCGUCGCCUCAGCGAUGAUGGUGCAGCGGCAGGAGGGGCUCCAGUUACGGGCGGCCGAUGCGGUGGUGGGCGCCACUAUCACCGAAUCGAGUACGGAACAGCUGCAGGCAUCCGGCUCCGACCGGGAACCAGAACAGGAAACAAGGCUCAUAGCGCCGCUCAGAGCGUACGAGAUGUCGCAGGAGUCUCAAAGUCCACUGGGCCAAUGGAGCAACAAAUACAGCUCCGUGUUGGCCACGCUUGGCUGUACUUUGGGAGCCUUCAACAUCAGUCGGUUCGCCAUACUCGCAGUACAAUUUGGAGCCAACUUUAUACUACAGUUCCUAGUGUUAUCUUUGCUAGUCGGCAUACCUCUGUUUACGUUUCACAGUUCGCUCGGCCAAUUACUAGGCGCCGGGGUCAUGGACAUGUGGAGGAUAUCACCGAUAUUCAAGGGGAUCGGCAUCGCACUGCUCCUGGCCCAGGCGUUCAUCGGCACAUACACCGUGAUUGGCAUCUCGUGGAUGUUCACAUAUUUUCGCGAUUCGUUCAUCACGAAACAAGACGUUUACCGUUGGGCAGAACCGAUCGACGAGUACAAAGAAGACGGCAUGCCUUGGACUUUGUCUUCAAAUGUCAGCUACAACAUCGAAGAGACAGUACCGGGUUACUUUAAUGGCAUAGUUUUGCAGAGAAAGUACCUGGAAAAACUCGAGAUGAACGACAACUCGUUAAAGUUGCCCGUGGUUAUCAACCUGACGAUCAUAUGGACAAUCGUGUUCAUAUGCUUAAGUAAAGGUCUGAAGUCGUACAGUAAGGUGAUAUGCAUAUUCUCACUGGUACCGGUUUUCGGUAUGUUCAUGUUGUGCACGAAGAUGUUGGGUUUAGCGCCAAUGAUUGGGUUCCAGCAUCACGACAUUUUCCCAGAAACGGAUUGGAGCGAGUUUUUUCUCAACACCAAGAGUUGGGUGGCGGCGUUCACCGAGACGUUUCUCACGUGGGGCAUACUCGGCGCGUGCACAAUGCAAAUCACUUCGCACAACCGGCCGAAGCAUUUGCUGCACAGAGACGCUUCGUUAGUGAUCAUCCUAACUAUAGCCGUACUCGUAUUGGCCGCGUUUUUAGCCAACACGUGCGUACAUCUCCUCGAAGCUCACGGAUACAUGUACCUGCCCAGUUCUUUCGAACGGAUGAGUUCCUAUACGUUUCUGUUCAAGCAGAAUUCCGCUCAGGCCCGCAAACACUUGACGCCCGUGCGAUGGAUGCAGCACAGCAGUCUGCUUCUGGGCGAGAGGACGAUGAAGAACAACGUGCCGGGUAUGCCGCAGGAGAGCGGAUACCAGGCCAUGCGAUUGGCGACCGAACUGUUUCCGGCCACGUUCGCCAUGAUCGGCGCCAAGAACAUCUCGCCGUUCUGGUCGGUCCUCUUCUAUUUCGUGCUCAUCAUGUUCGGCAUUGGACAACAAAUCGCGAUAUGGCACUGCGUUGUCAGCGGGAUCAUAUCUUUGCAUCCGUUCAAGCUGAGAAAAUGGCGUACAACGAUCACAUUUCUGACGUGUGCGGCCGCCUUUUCGAUCGGUCUGUUUAUGGCGACUGAACUCGGCAUUUUCAUCGUGUACUUAAUGGACUACUGCGUCGGAUGUGGUUGGUGGAUAAUGAUACUGUAUUUGCUGGAAAUCGGAGCUUUGUUCAUGGUGCGCGGUCGUCCGUACAGCGGCGAGACGGUAGUGGCAACGCUGUUUUCGCAGGCCAACCAUCACCUGCAGGUGUGGAUGGCGCCGAUGUUGUCGUUCGACUGGAACAUCGUCGUGCCAGUGGCUCUGAUCCUGCUCAGCACGUCCGUGUUCAAAAACGGCGGAUACAGGUGGCUGUACAACUGGAAAGGCGUGUCUCAGUCCACGUAUUGGUCGUCGUCCAGCCGGGAGUUUGGCUGUUUGCUGCAGAUCGUACCGCUGCUGAUCGUCCCGUUCGCCGGAAUCGUGCAGACUUGUCGAUACCUGGCCACCGGACCACCGGACUUGUUCGACCGGAUCCAGAUGCUGUACCGACCUGUGAUCGAGACCCGCAGGCCACCGGAAACCGGGGAGGCAACGUCCGAGGCGGGCGUCAACGGCUCGGCGGCCGUGCAGAUCGAAGACCCGCCGCCCAAGUACACGCCGCCGCCGUCAUAUUCCACGGCCACCGGAGCAAGAAUCGCGAAAAUGUUGCGGCAGAGCAUCCGGCGGAGCGUGCGCAGGUUGGCGCACGUACUCGGCAACCACCAUCAGUCGGCGAUACUCGGAGAAUCCUCUUCGUCGUCCUCGUCGGCCGCUGCGCGAACCGUCCAAUCGGCGACGACGUCCUCGCAUCACCAUCAGCAGACAACAGUCCUCUCGGGGACGACACCGUCGCCGGCGCCUCCGACGACGACGACGACGACGACGACGAACGUCCAACAAACCUCGGCCACGUCGUCUCCACCCCCCGACUAUACCACCGUGCUGGUCGAGAUGAACAGGGAAGACGACGACGUCGUUUCCGUCACGCGGACCGUCUGCGGCGAAUCGUCGUCCGCGUCCAGUCUGUCCGACGAGCAGAGCACCAGCAUCGAGUGUCUGAUGGAACGGGCAGCGCCUAUCAACGUGGACCGGACAGGACCGGUAGCAGCUGCGGCGGCCGCGUCGCAGUAG